AUGCUACCUGAAUGUUUGACCUGCUAUGCGCGGGUGUUUGCCGAGGCGUCUAUUCGAAGGGCCAAACGUCAUGGACUCCACUUACCGCACUUGCCAUGCCCCACGACAGAGCUGACUACUAGGCGGUACCAAAGCACCAACUUUAAGGUGCACAAUACCCAAUCCCAGUCUGAUUCCGUGGCUUCCGAACCGCUUCUACACACGGACGCCCCAAACCCCUGCUCAAGUGGUGAUCCAUCAUCUACAUCGCAACUCCAAAGCGAAGUAGGUGCCUUUUCUUACAAACCACGCUGGCGCUACAUGGCGCCUUUCCGCAGUAAAAGCGUAACGGACUUUAUUUUUUGCCGGGACGAUUAUGCUGUUAGCAUCGCACACACCUACAAGUACGGUGGCGCCGGCAGUAGCGAUAACACCUUGGUCACGCUCAUUCCACUUCGCCACUUCGCCCAUCCGCUAUUUUUCAAGCAGGUCGAUGAUUUGUGCUGUCAGCACGACUCCGUGCUGAUGGAGGGCCGAGCCCCGCUGACCGGGGCGCCCCACAGCACCAUGGUACCACCACGGGAGCGCCCAAAAGAGGUACGUCCGCCUGACCACGAGGACGACGAGGGCUGGGAGCCGCGAGAGAUGGAGAACUUUUUCCAGCCCUUUUCCUGGGGUGUGAAGGACUCACCGAACCACACCGUCGUUCACGCAGCCGACAAGUACGACUACGAGAAGUUGCCCUGGUGGUGCUCCGUCCGCUUCAACGCCCCCGUGUUGGGGAGUCUCAAACGUGAGAAGCAUUGCCUCAACAUGAUCUAUCCUUUGCGGUGUAACGGCUACAGGACCUUUGCCAUACCUUGGGGAGCCGCACACAUGCCCAUUUUUCAUGAGAUGCUUCUGGAUAAUGGUUUUGAGCCUGUUGGGAUGUGCUCAUUGCUUUUACUGAAUCGUGUGGACGGCGACAUCAGUGAGGGGGAACUCGGAAAGCUAAGGGCCUGGCAACGGCGUCGGGAGCGGCGGGGAACUUAUCUGCAGAUCUUCGCAAUGCUGAUCGUAUUGUACAUUUUGUUUUCUCUAACUUCAAUUGAGUACACAUCUGGGGGACGGAGUGAAUAG